AUGCGACGCAUCCUUGUCCUAAACACAAUCUGGGCACUUUCCACAGCUUCUGUGACUCCGAUAUCCACAACAACACCACACGGCGGACUGGACAUUGCCCGACAAGCAUCUUUCAAAUACGGAGACCCCGUCAAGCUACGAAUCUCAUUAGUAGUCAUAUCCAAGCUCUGCCUAUGUCUGCUGGCUGGGUUACUGGGGUACCGGAUACGCCAGUUCAACCAACAUUUGCUCAAGAACAUGACACUAACACAUGUCUACAUCUUCAUUGACUACAUAUCUGCCAUGACCUUUAUCAUUGCCGCUGCAAUUGUCCACAACGGCCUCGGGAUCACAACAAACGAAGUUUGCAAGGCCGCAAUAAGGCUCUGUCUGCUCUUCUACACGGCCAGCAAAGUGAGCAUGUAUCUCUUCCUUGUCGAGCGCGUUCACGUUCUGAGAGCUCCUUAUCGAUCCCGAUGGAGCGAUUACCUUUGGCUGUUCAGCACUAUUGGCAUCUGUAUCAGUCUCGGGGCCAUUGGCGUGGCUGGAUUUGUCGUGCCCAUCACUUCGCUCUCCAAAGACGACGGCCGCUGCCGAAUCGGCCUGCAACCAUACGCCAUCAUACCACUGCUACUAUGCGACAUUGCCAUCAAUGUGCUCCUCACUCUUGUCUUCAUCUACCUUCUUAGCCCUGUGGUAAGAGGAAGCCGACCUUCUGGCGCUGGGUUUGCGAGCCGGUUAGCUAGGGCAACCGGGAACCUCUGUGGACGAGCAAAGCAAAGAACAGCCGUCAAUCUUCACCCAGCCAACCAACGCCUGGUGCGAAGAGUGGAAAGGCUAUUGUUCAAGACACUGGUGGGAUGCUUCUUCGUUGUGUUACCUGCUUCUGGCAACCUCAUUGCUCUAUGGAUUUACCGAGGAAAGAUGCCGGCGUUUAUGUGCUUUACAAUCUGCAUAUUCGAUGUCACAUGGGCGGCUGUGGUACUCCAUUGGCUCACCAUGGCCAGUGCAGAUAAAAAGGAAAGUGGAGCUGCAAUGUGA